AUGGCUCUCAAUGUUCUUCCCAUCGCUUUGCCGCUUGACUCCAUCUAUGGCCCCAACUCCAUGCGCGUCGACGAGGACCUUUUCGAGGAGCUCGUUCUCGCCCUCAAGUCGGCGCUGGGCCCCUGCUCGGGGUUGACCUCGGACGAUAUCGACGUUACAUUCCUCACUCGUCUCAUGAAGCUGUAUGAUGCCCGUGAUAGAAACUGGGCAAAGUAUGCCUUCGGUGAUGCCAGUAGAGGCUACACGAGAAAUCUCGUCGACGAGGGCAACGGCAAGAGCAACUUGGCUAUCACGCCCCAGGCCGACCGCCCCUUUGCCGCCACUGACACAUCUCCGUAUCAGCUUGUGCUGGUCUGGUCGCCCGGUAAGGGCAGUCCAAUCCAUGACCACGGCAAUGCCCACUGCCUUAUGAAAAUUCUCAAAGGCAGCCUGACCGAGACUCGCUACGAGUUUCCCCAAGAAGGGGAACCCAGCGGCCCUAUCAAGGUCAUCACAGAAAAGACAUAUCAAGAAAACCAAGUCGCAUACAUGGCUGACGAGCUCGGCCUGCACCGCGUCUCCAACAAGGGCAGCGACUUCGCCGUCUCCCUCCACCUCUAUACUCCUCCCAACGUAGCAAAGAAGGGUUGCCACAUUUUUGAUGAGAAGACUGGUCGCCGUAGCCACGUUCCCGGAUGUGCCUACUACUCCGCCUAUGGAAGGCUUCUCAAGGAGUAA